AUGUCCACCUUGCCCAGCUUUGGGAGUCUCUCGCCCAUAGGCCAGUCCAAUGGCACAAGGAACCUAGGUCUCUUUACAAGCCCGGAUACCCUUCCCCAACUGCCAGGCCUGUCGCCCACCAUGGAGAAGCGUAACAACCACAGAAACUCGGAACCUUCAGAAACUCACGCCAAAUGGAUGAUUCGCAUUCAACGUCUGCCACGCAAUUUCACCGAAGAUGCUCUUCGAAGCAUGCUCAUCUUCGCGACAGAUCUCGAUGAAGCCAAGUUCGUACAGCCGUCCGCAUCCACGAGCCCGGAGGAUUAUGCCUUCAAGAGCGCUCUCGCCAUCUUCCACUCCGAGGCUGGUGCCAUGGAAGCCAAGAGACAUCUGCACGGAAAACCCCUGGACAACGGCAUGACAACCAUGAUCGUCGAGCUCAUAUCUAACCCGCAAUCUGCAUACAAUGGUUCGAGGCGUAAUACCGUUGACGGAACCGCUCUGCGACAGCAGAACACCUCUGGUGGGUCCAACAGCACGAAUCCUCCAGAGAAUCCUUCGAGUCGUCAGUCAUCUCGCUUCACUAGCAGCUUCCAGCAGAGCAUCGGCACGCAGGGCCAGCAAAGCAUUUCUUCACCUCUUGUAUCUCCUAUGGUUUCUGCUGCCCAUGCUUACGAAUGGCCCGCUCCUGAGAGCAGCAGCAAUAACCUUCAAGGGCUCUUUUCUCCUCAGUCUCCCGUCGCCAAUGCUUACAGUGAUCACAAUCGAAUCUCGGGAAAAUCUGUCAUCAACGACGGAAACGAUGAUGACGAGACUGGCGAGCUCCUGAAAGACCCAGUUGGCUACGCUCAAAACGGCCCCAGGCCAUCGAGUAGCUACAACAGUUUUGUUCCUCAGUUUGGCAAUCUUUCUCUCGAAACCAACAACAACACCACGAACGGACACUCUCACUCUCACUACAUGACCUCUCCUUCAGGCUCGAAUUACGCUUCUCCCCAGUCGAUACGCUCACCUGCUUUGCCAAAUUCUUCUAGAGGGGCCCCUGUAGGCUCAAGUGGGAACUAUUCGAACAGAAAUUUGAAGCACGAUUACCCUCCUGCCAACCCUGCUGACCAGAANCCCCCUUGCAACACUCUUUACGUUGGAAAUCUGCCGGUCAACACCAGCGAGGACGAGCUUAAAUCCCUCUUUUCCAAAAGCAGAGGUUUCAAGCGACUGUGCUUCCGUACAAAAUCAAACGGUCCCAUGUGUUUCGUUGAGUUCGAGGACACUUCUUACGCGUCUCAUGCCCUUCACGAAUUGUAUGGCGUACAGCUGCACAACAGUUACAAAGGAGGUAUCCGUGUCAGCUUUUCGAAAAACCCAUUGGGUGUCAGAAGCGACAACAGAAACCACUCGGCAAUAGGUUCCCAUCCAGGCCAAUCUGGAUACGGUAACGGUAUGGGUGUUCCUCCUGGUUUCAGUACCGCAUCAGGACCUCCUCCCGGACUCAUGCCUCCUGGUGUCCACGGUAGCGUCCAUGGUCAACAACCACACGCGCCAUCGCCCAUGCAGAACAACACCAGUCGUGGAUAUCCUCCUCCUCAGUACAGAGGCAUUAAUCCUCAAAACUAUUCCCAGCAAGGCGCGAAUGGCUAUUCUCAGCCUCAUCGCAAUCUCACAUCCGGCCAAUACGCAUACCAACCAGCUUUCGGCAGCAUGAACAGCUUCAUGGACCAUGGUCUCAACGGCAACUCUUAUUCAAAUGGCAACGGUCAAAACGCGCUCAACGGGCACAACGGAAGAUGA